AUGCCACCUGUCAAGCUGGAACAAGAUACUGACACAGACGCUGGAGCCGGAGCCGACAAUCGCAUUGUCACGCGUAACAGGAAGAGGCUGCAUGUUUUGUCAAUAUUUAUUGAUCGCAUACUGACCAUGAUGAUUAGAAACGGGGUUUUCUUCAACACCUAUUCAAAUGGAAGCACUUUCUGUGGACAGGAAAACGGGACUAGCAUCGCAACUUUCCCCGACGGCAGCACACACUGCACCAACGGUCACGGAGGGAAGAUUGAACUUAGUGCCGAUGGAACCGUAUCCUAUACUAAUGAAAACUUCACCCACAACAUGAAAGUUGCAACUUUCAGCCGUAACAUGAAUGUUACGGAUAUCGAAGGGCAGAUCAUUGCAGAUUGUCGUCAUUUUGCCGGCGUCGGACGACUUUCUUUCCAGAAAGACGACGAUGGAAGCUCCUUUUUCACCUACCCCGAUGGAGCCACAGUUCACGCCGAUGCGAGUGGAGGAGGGUUUGUCUUCACUUUCACCGAUUCAGCCACAUACACUGUCGACGGCAAUGGACAUGCCGCCUUUAACUUCCCGAGUGGUUGCACGUAUCGCUCCGAUGGCCAAGGGGGCUUUGUUUAUACCAACUCUGCAAACAACACAUUUCUGAGAAAUGCCCCAGGAAUCCCAAUGGACACUGCUUCAAGUUCUUGA